CUUUUUCUUUUUCUUCCAAAAACAGAAAGUGGAGUGUGAUUAUAAUCUGCGGCCAAUAACUCUAAUUUCAUAUGUUUUAAAAGGAUCUCAGCUGUACAGCAAAUAAGGUGUUCGAUGAGCCGUAAAAAUAAAAAUACUUUUUGGUUUCUGUAGUCGAUAAUGGCAACUGGAACUAGACAGGCUUCCCGCGACUCGCGCGCUAGUACGUGUUGCUCUCCUCCUUUUUUGCUUUAUCAAAGCAGAAAGGAAGCAAACCAUUUCUUCAUCUUCUCUUGUUUCACAGUUCUGAUCUGUAAGUUCACGUAGAUCCCUUCUCCUGCAUAUCUAACGCAUGCACACGUAUUCCAGGCCAAGAACACCCACACGUUUCACUGAGAAUGCUAUUUUGCAUCCUUCCAGAAAAACCAAAUUUAGCAAGGCAUUUUUAGAUCAUCCUAUGGUCCUUUUUGUAUUAUUUUUGCAUGUCACGCCAUUAAAUGUUAUGAUCAACUACCUCCUAAGCCUGCACCGGUGAUCAAAACUUGCUCCUUUCUUUUUUAAAAAGGUUCCUACGAUUUGAUUGGGGAGAAUUCAAGUAGAUCUUUAACUGGGAGAGGUGAAAACCAUCUUCAUAUUUGGUAAAAGAAAUUUUCAUCAACAUGGGGCUUUUGGAUCUCUUCAUUGUUUCAUCAAUCCCAGUCUUGAAAGUGCUACUGAUUACUUCACUCGGGACCUUUCUUGCUCUAGAUCGGGUGGAUAUCUUGAGGGAAGAUGCUAGAAAGCACGUAAAUAAUGUUGUAUUUUAUGUAUUCAAUCCCGCCCUUGUGGCUUCCAAACUUGCGGAAACUGUCUCGUAUGACAGCAUAGUGAAGUUAUGGUUCAUGCCGUUAAAUAUCCUCAUCACCUUCAUCGUUGGUUCAAUACUUGGCUGGAUUCUUGUUCAACUUACAAGGCCUCCCCCGCACCUACGUGGCCUUAUAGUGGGUUGCUGUGCUGCUGGGAAUUUGGGGAACAUGCUUCUUAUUAUGAUCCCAGCAGUUUGCAAAGAAAAAGGAAGCCCAUUCGGAGCUCCUGAUGUAUGUCAGUCAUAUGGAUUGGCCUAUGUUUCAUUGUCAAUGGCGAUAGGAGCCAUUUAUCUAUGGUCUUAUGUCUACAAUAUUGUGCGGGCUUCUGCAGCUGGGACUACCAAAGACUACAUAGAUAAAUGUUCAAGAGAAAGCUCUGCAAUUGAACAGGGGAUUUGCACAGAGCCUCUGCUUCCUUCCAAGGAUUCCCUGGCAUCUGAACGCCGAAUACAUCAGGAUGCACUGCCUGGCAGUAGGCAAUUCGAGAUGGAAGAUUCGGGCAAUCAGCAACUACUGAGAAAGCUGCUUGGAAAUAUUAAUUGGAAGACAAUAUUUGCACCUUCCACCAUUGGAGCGAUAGUUGGAUUCACGAUUGGACUCAUUCCCUACAGCCGGAAGAUAAUGAUCGGUGGUGAUGCUCCUCUUCAUGUAAUUCAAGACACUGCUUCCUUGCUGGGGGAAGCAGCCAUCCCAACUCUCACCCUGAUUGUAGGUGGCAACCUUCUGAAAGGUCUAGGAGGGUCAGGAAUGCAGAAAUCUAUAAUUUUGGGUAUUAUAGUUGCUCGUUAUAUUGCGCUGCCCCUGAUUGGCAUUUUCAUUGUUAAAGGAGCUCUCCGCUUAGGUUUUAUUCCUGCAGAUCCUUUGUAUCAAUUUGUUCUUCUGCUUCAAUUUGCAGUUCCACCAGCUAUGAACAUAGGCGUCAUCACCCAGUUGUUUGGAGCAGGUGAGACUGAAUGUUCUGUGAUCAUGCUUUGGGCCUAUGCAUUGGCUUCGAUUUCACUUACUCUUUGGUCAACGCUCUUCAUGUGGCUAGUAGCUUAGUGCUGGUGUUACUUGUUUCUAUGCAAACCAUCAUUGGACUUCACUUGCUCUUUUGUCAGUUUCAUAUAACAGGAGAAUAUCGAGUUAAAUUCACGUUCUUUUUCUAC